CUGAAGGGCCCGUCCAGCUACCUGCCGGUCCGCAGUGCGGAAGGGGCCCGCGAGCGGGGAAGAGAUGGGGGUCGGCCGCGCCUGCGGAGACCCCGGCAGGGCAGGGCGAUGGGGAGCGCUGAGGUUGCUGGGUGGCGACCCCGAGGGAGGGGAGCGGCAGGUGGAGGUGGUCAGGCAGGGCUGGGGGCAGCCCGAGGCUUGGUAGUCCGCGCCGUUUGAAAGCAACAGUUGAGAGCCGCAGCUGCCGCCGCAGCCGCCGCUUCGGCUCCCGCCCAGCCCGGCCUGACGCGGCGUCGCGCCCCCCGGGAGCUGCGCGAGGCCGGCGGUCGCGCCGGCUCUGCUCUGCCGCGUCUGGCACUCCGGGGCUGGCCGGGGAGCGCCCGAGGCGGGGAGAAGCGCGGUGAGGCGCUGGCCCCAGCAUGUCGCUGCCGCCGGAGAAAGCCUCGGAGCUGAAGCAGCUCAUCCACCAGCAGCUGAGCAAGAUGGAUGUCCAUGGCAGAAUAAGAGAAAUCCUUGCUGAGACAAUACGGGAAGAAUUGGCACCUGAUCAACAACAGUUAUCAACUGAAGAUUUGAUCAAAGCCCUUAGACGUCGGGGAAUCAUUGAUGAUGUGAUGAAAGAACUUAAUUUUGUUACUGACAGUGUUGAUCAAGAACUCCCUUCCUCUCCAAAACAACCUGUUUGUUUCACUGAUAGACAAUCAACCUUGUUAAAAAAAACUAAUAUUGAUCCAACACGGAGGUAUCUUUACCUUCAGGUUUUGGGUGGAAAAGCUUUCUUGGAACAUCUACAAGAACCUGAGCCUUUACCGGGACAAGUUUGUUCAACCUUUACUUUAUGUUUACAUUUUCGAAACCAACGUUUUCGUUCUAAACCUGUUCCAUGUGCCUGUGAACCAGAUUUUCAUGAUGGCUUUUUACUUGAAGUACACAGAGAAAGCUUGGGUGAUGGAACUAGAAUGGCUGAUUCAACAACAAUGUUAUCAAUAAGCGAUCCAGUUCAUAUGGUGCUAAUCAAAACAGACAUAUUUGGUGAGACUACUUUAGUAGCAUCCUAUUUUCUUGAAUGGCGAUCAGUUUUGGGCUCAGAAAAUGGAGUGACCAGUCUUACUGUGGAACUUAUGGGUGUAGGCACAGAAUCAAAAGUUUCUGUGGGAAUUUUAAAUAUAAAACUUGAGAUGUACCCACCACUCAAUCAAACAUUAUCUCAAGAAGUAGUGAACACACAGCUUGCUUUGGAACGUCAGAAAACUGCAGAGAAAGAACGAUUAUUUCUUGUAUAUGCUAAGCAGUGGUGGAGAGAAUAUUUGCAGAUUCGACCCUCACACAACUCCCGGCUGGUUAAGAUUUUUGCACAGGAUGAAAAUGGGAUAAAUAGACCAGUCUGUUCCUAUAUUAAACCACUUCGAGCUGGGAGGCUUUUGGAUACUCCAAGGCAAGCAGCAAGAUUUGUUAAUGUCCUUGGUUAUGAAAGAGCCCCGGUUAUUGGAGGAGGAGGUAAACAGGAACAGUGGUGCACUCUGCUGGCCUUUCUCUGUAGAAACAAGGGUGACUGUGAAGAUCAUGCUAAUCUUCUGUGCAGCCUUCUUCUUGGAUAUGGAUUAGAAGCCUUUGUGUGUGUUGGGACUAAGGCAAAAGGAAUACCUCAUGCAUGGGUUAUGACCUGUGGAACUGAUGGAACUGUCACUUUUUGGGAGAGUUUAACGGGACACAGGUAUAUCCACAAACCUGUCAAUCCUGAUGAAUCUCCAGUUGCUGAACAGCCCAAGCCAUUGUACCCAUAUCGAACAAUUGGUUGUGUUUUCAAUCAUCAGAUGUUCCUGGGAAAUUGUCAGCCCUCUGACUCAGUAGAAAUAUGUGUGUUUGAUUUGAAUGAUGAAUCCAAAUGGAAACCCAUGAGUGAAGAAGCAAUCAAAUCUGUGUGUGCCCCAGGAGCUACAACAUCCCUUCCUCCCUUUCCCCCUCUAUGUGCAUCUACAAUUGAUGCUUCAGUAACAAGUAAUGAAAUAGAAAUGCAGCUGCGGCUACUAGUGUCAGAACACAGAAAGGAUCUUGGUCUCACCACUGUUUGGGAAGACCAGCUUUCCUAUCUCUUAUCACCAGCUUUGGCUUCUUAUGAAUUUGAGCGUACAACAAGUAUAUCUGCAGGCAAUGAAGAAUUUCAAGAUGCCAUAAGGAGGGCUGUACCUGAUGGUCACACAUUUAAAGGGUUCCCAAUACAUUUUGUAUAUAGAAAUGCAAGGCGUGCAUUUGCCACAUGUCUUCGGUCUCCUUUCUGUGAAGAAAUAAUCUGUUGCCGUGGAGACCAGGUGCGACUGGCAGUUCGUGUCCGAGUGUUUACUUACCCUGAAUCUGCAUGUGCUGUUUGGAUCAUGUUUGCUUGUAAAUAUCGCUCAGUAUUAUAGGACUAACAUUUCUGUAAGAAUAUACCUGUGUUUUAUUGGAAUUUUACACAUUGUACAUUACUAGCUGUUUUAGAGGUUCAUUAUUUUAAAAAUCACAUUCUGGCUUGGAUGUCAUAUUUUACUAUUGUAUAUACCUGACUGAAAAUGUUUGAAAAAAAUCAUGUAUGUAUUUAAAAAUUAAGAAUGAAAAACUUGUAUAAAUCUGAGUGGAAUUUAGCAUAAAUUAAGUGUUUAUUUUAAUAAAUGCUACUUUGUUUACAGGUA